AUGACAGGUCCUUUACAUGUCUAUGACAUCCUGUUAUCGCUCGUCGUAGUAUUUAAUUUCUUAUGUUCCAAUAAUAAGGCUUUAGCCUCUUCGCCUGAUUGGAUCAGUGAAGAUCCCCUUGGUCAUCCACAAUAUGGACUGUCGUUGCUAACGGAACUUAUGGCUAAUAGCACAACUGCAGAGUUAAUAGCGGGAACAGAUAGGAAGUUUGAAGACAUCGAGUCUGGUGAAAUAGUUAGCAUGGUGUCCGCUAACUCACAGAUAUCAAUCUCGCGAGAUGACUCGCCAAGUCAGGAAUCGAAUUAUAUAACUAUGCGCACUGCCAAAGGGCAGCUUUAUCUGUGUCAUAUUCCGUCAGUCUCGAGCAAUACAGAGCUCGAUAACGAUAUAAAUGAAGAAGAGGAAGAUGAGAGUGAUAUACUGAAAAGGGGUCUUGCACUUCUUGAGCCAAUGAAGGGAAAUUGUCUGUCUUUUCCUCUAGAUUGGUUUACUUAUAAGUAUUGCCAUCUCGAAAACCAAGGGAACAUGGCACAAGAAAUCUAUUACCUUGGAAAGUACGAUUCAAGCGGAACAGCCUUACCUUCAUCAGAUGAUCAUUUAGAAGAGAAUAGCCAGAGUAUUCAGGGAGCAAGUUUGAGGAGAAUCCACGGGAGAAGGCAAAUAGUUCAAAGAUUAGGUGGUGGAACUAUCUGUGAUAAAACAAAAAAGCCCCGACAGGUUAAAAUAGAGUUCCUUUGCAAUCCAAAUGUGAAGGAGGAAAGUAUCGUUUAUUACAUAGAAGAGAGUAUUUGUAGCUAUCUGAUGGCAAUACACACACCCCGUCUAUGCGAUGAUCCAGCAUUUCGUGUCAAAACGACGUCUGCAGUUCAUCCAAUUAAUUGUAAUCCUAUUGUGUCUGACGCUAAAUACGAGAAAAUGUCUAAGGAAAGAAGCUUAGAUGGACCUUCUGAAAGAACUGCUGGAACAGAUUCUAACGAUAAACCAGCCAUUGCGACAGAUGGUAGUGUCAAGGAAGAAGCAGCAUCAAAUGAGAAUGCUCAGUCUGUACCGGAUGACGAUGCUCGGUUGAAGAUAGCUCGUGAGAUAAUUCAAGAUGAAGAAACACUUAAACUAAUUUUGAUGAACGAAGAAAUAAAUGAUAAGCAGCUUGACGUUGCUGAUAUACUGAAGACCGUUAUCCAGUCAUUAUUUACAGAGGACAACCAGAAACAUCAUUCAACAGCUGAUCUUACACAUCAGGCAAAGUUAAGUGAAGACUACGAGGUAGUAUAUGAAUUGUUCGAUGAGAAAAAUAAUGAGAAAGGCAACAAUUAA